GUCUAAAUAAACGCGUACGCAUUUGAAUUCUGGAAGUAGAAUUAUCCAAUGCGUUCUACAAUCUUUUCAAUUUAAAUCACACCUUAAGCGAAGUAUUUUCAGGAGGUUCAUUGUUUACCAGUACAACAGAAUGGUGAUGCAGGAUUUUAAAGUGGAAGCAACUGAUCAUCAGCGAGAACACGGCAGGAAGAUGCAUAGAUCCCGCCGUAAGCUGAAAGAUAUGGAGCGCAAUUAUAAUUGCAAUGUAUUGGGCUGCAGUAGGCCGUACGCCUCGGAACAGUCACUCAAACAGCAUAAGAAACGAAAGCAUUCCUUCUUCGGGUUAGAGGAAAAUGAAGUUAGUUUCGGGACGAAAAGGAAUCUGAAUUACAAAAUAGAAGUGAAACCAUCCAAAUGUCUUCUCCGGAAGCGAACCGUAUCUUAUUCGGUUGUUGAGCCUACAGUCGAAGUUGGCUUUUUUGGAUCUCAAGAACAGGCUUCUGCGGCCUCAGUCGGCACGACUGAUGCAGAUUGUAGUACCGAUUCUAACACCUGCUUUCCAUUUACUGGCUUUGAUGAAGGACCAUCAGCUCCAGACAUUCAACCUGUUCCAGGAUACUUUCAGCCACAGUCGAUUGACUUGCAAUCCAUAUGUCCAACAAACUUUUCAUUAAAUAAAACGCCACCACUGUCGGCAAAUUCAUGCACAAGCUCUUCACCGGCGGACAGUGCUGAUAGUGACGUAGAUCACAGGUUUGCUCCUAGCCAAGAGAAUUACAUUGGCGGCUCAGCAUCGUCCAUCAUCAGUAGAUCGAACUCCCAUGACAGUAUGCCAGGUAUACCCCCUACUGAGCAGUACCGAAAGCUUGUAGCAAUAAUGCACGAUAUAGAUAGGCGAAAAAGUCAAAUGAGAGGGAAAGUCUGCAGUAGCUUAUUACAGCACAGUACUGCGGACAAAUCUAACCUCGAAUUAAGAAGGGAGCAAUCAGUAUCGGAACAGGCAGAAUUCAAUACACUGGCUACCAUAGAUACACUACCGGAGACGACAUUGAAGCAUCAAGAGACUAUCACGCAUAGUGUUUGUGCGAAGAAUGAGGAUAUUUCAGAGUACACGUUGGAUGCUGAAUUCUCGACGAGUCUCAAAAUUAAAACUGAGCCGCCUCAAUUAUUGCCGCGACCCAACCUAAAGCGACUUUCUACGAAUGAGCUUGAGCAAGAACCACACCCCAGCUUACGAGAUUCGCAGGCGAAGGAGCAAUUAGAACGCGCAUCGAGAUGUUUGCAACGAGAACUACAACAGCAACAGCAAUUAAUACAAGCCCUUCUGCGACACCAACAGAUACAGAUUAAUCAGCAGCUGCUGCUCCACCAGAACUUAGACCUACAAGAGAACGACAUCUUUCCAGAUACAAAUAACACAAUCAAUGUUGGUGAGGGUCGGCAACAGAUUCAACCCUUAUUCUCCGCACUGCGGCCUACAGCUGUGGAUAAGAAAAUACUGUCUACGCAAAAUAGCGAAGCAGGUACGAAGGAUGGUGACAUGCCAAUGACACCGUAUAACACAAAAGCUUUGGCUUCGAGCCUUGGAUCAAAGCUUGCUGCGGAUGCGGAUGCUGAAAUCGGACUAGAAACAGGCAGCAACCUAAGACAACAGGCUUCGACCAAUGAAUCCUCACUGGCAUCCGUAUUUGAUGUGGAGGACCUGAUGAGUUGCGCAUCAGAUAUCAAUUUGAUGGAUAGUGUACAAUUGGCUGAUAAUUUCCAACUUUACGACAAUGGGUUCGGAUUGGUAAAAUGUUCGUCGACAAACGAACAUAACAGUUUGCUCGACUCACAAAUUUGUCGGACGCUCAAGAGUAAGGACGGGAGCUCGCCCUCUGUAUCCUUAUUUCGAAGCAAUUCGCCAUCGCAACCGGCUGUAACGAUGAAAUGUAAUACCACGGCACCUUCUUUGGCCGUGAGAAAUGUUAAAACUACAUCGCAGAAUAUAGCAGGCUUAUGGUCGCCGGUGGCACGUAAGGAUUCUGAUGGCAGUAGCCAUUUGGCAAUGCUGGACCGAUGUCUGUCCUUCGUGUCGGAUGAUAAGAAUCAAGUAGAAACGCAUUUCAAUUAUUCUGAUUUUCUCGGAAUUGAAAGCGGAUGAUCGUAAUGCAAUCAAUCCAGAUUAAAUCCUUCUUAAUAUAGAAUGUAGUCGCGACUGCGCGCAGGAGAAUCUGAAUUUUUUCUAAUAAAUUGAGAGGUUUUACCACGUCUCUCACAAAGUUGUUUGUAAAGAGGUACCGA